AUGUCUGCUUCGAAGUCAUUUUCAGUUCUUCUUCUCCGAUUCAUCUUUGUAUUAUUUGUGUUUAACCCAGUGAACGCUCAACUGAAAGUAGGGUUUUACUCCAAGACAUGCCCAAGAGCUGAGGCCAUUGUUAAGAGGGUUAUUGAUCAAGUCAUGUCCGUAGCUCCUUCUCUUGCUGGCCCCUUGUUGAGGAUGCAUUUUCAUGAUUGCUUUGUUCGGGGUUGUGAUGGGUCAGUGCUGUUAAACUCUAGUACUCAUCAAGCUGAGAAAGAUGCACCUCCAAAUCAAACCCUUCGAGGAUACCAAAUUAUCGACAGAGUGAAAUCUGCUCUGGAAAAGGCAUGUCCUGGAGUAGUUUCAUGCGCAGACAUAGUGGCUAUUGUGGCCAGGGAUGUCACAGUUGCGACCAAAGGACCUCACUGGGAAGUUGAAACUGGACGAAGAGACGGAAGGGUUUCCAACUUAACAGAAACCUUCAAUAACCUGAUAGCUCCUAUUGCAAAUAUUACUACGGUAAUAGCAAGAUUUGGAGCUAAGGGUCUGAGCAUAAAAGAUGCAGCGGUGCUAUUAGGUUCUCACACCAUUGGUACUUCUCACUGCUCUUCAUUCAAUUCCCGGCUUUACAAUUUCACUGGAAAGGGAAUCAAUAAUGACUCUGAUCCCGCGUUGGAUUCAGAAUAUGUACAAAGGUUGAAAAAUAAAUGCAAGCCAGGAGAUCAAAAUUCACUGGUAGAAAUGGAUCCUGGGAGCUUCAGGACAUUUGAUGCAGACUAUUAUACACUUGUAAGUAAAAGAAGAGGCCUCUUCCAGUCUGAUGUAGCUCUCCUUGACAACAGUGUGUCAAAAGCUUACGUUGAGCUUCAGGCUGCCACCAAGGGAUCCACUUUCUUCAAAGAUUUUGGUGUGUCAAUGGUGAAGAUGGGCAGGGUUGGAGUUCUUACAGGUACAGCAGGUGAAAUCAGGAAAGCAUGCAGCAAGGUUAACUAGACAAAG